CGAAGUAGCCUGAAGAAUUUUGACUCCAACGUGAGCCCGUAGAAGCGAGGCGGUUCAACACCCCCCUCGCGCGCGCGUUGUAAUGGGCUGGUUUCCAAGGCAACCGACGGCUUUGUUUACUUCCCAAGUUGAAAGCGGAUGUCUAGAUGUCUCCUUCUCCUUGUUUUAGUCUUCCAACAAAGAAAGACCGAGAGAGAAAGGGAGCGGGCCGAGGAGACGGUUUUUUCUUUCAACAUCCAUGGGGCCUCCGAGGGCUGAAGUCUUUUUCCUCCUUAACUAAGGAAUGGCAACUCCAUCGUUGAACCCUCCACCAGACCUCCCUUUUGCUGCUACCUUGUUCCUGCCCCUCCCUGCCAUCAUUUUCUUGGUUGUUGGCUCCUACCUACUACUCCUUGUCCUGGUUCUGGUCCUUCGUCAGUGUCUGCUGGCUAGAGGUCUUUGUGCCAAUUGCUGUUCCUGUGAAAAGAGGACUUGGCCAAACAUGUGUGAAUGUUGUAUGGCUUGUGCAGAGUCAUGUAACUGUGUACUCCCCUCCCCAACCCGCUGUCUGGAUCGCUGCUGUUCCUGCACUAAUGGCUGGGAUCCAGGGACGUGCUCCAUUCCCCGUCUGUGUCCUCUCUGUGAUUGUGCCUGCACCUACCAGCCCCCAGAUUGUCAGAACAUCAACUGCAUUUGUUUUGAGAUCAAAUUGCGUUAAGGUAUCCCAUGUCUUUAAAGAACAGAAAUUUGACUGUGCCUCAGAGCCAGUAUUUGUCCUGGGGAGGAUCUAUCUCUUCAUGCAAACGGUGGACAUUUAAAAUGGGCAGUUGCUCAAGUUGGCAAAGUUAACUAUCCCAAAGCAAAAGGGAAACUUAUUUCUUGUGUUGAUUUUUUUACAAGACUUAUUUUUGUAAUGUAUUUGAUAUUUUUAUAUGAAUUGUUGUAUUUUAUAAUAAAGCAAAUUGUAUAGCC